AUGUUGUUCUCCGGCCUACUGGUGGCAUUGUGGUGUUCACUACCAGUUGAUGCAAGCCGACAGACACUACAGCACAGAGCUUUCAAGGACCUGCACAAACGGCAUGUGAAACGUGAAGAGCAACAACCGUCUCGGCCUUCUACAGACAUUCAUCUGAACGACAAGACGCGGCCGUUCUGUGUCAACGGCUCUGCACUUCCUCAAGUGAAGUUCGAUUUCGGUGAGAGCUACAGUGGUCUGUUACCCAUCGACGACUCGAAAGAGCUGUUCUUCUGGUUUGUACCAAGUACAAACCCGGCUGCCUCCAACAAGAUUACAAUUUGGCUUAACGGCGGCCCUGGCUGCUCCUCUUUGCUCGGCUUCCUCCAGGAGAUUGGACCCGUAAUCUGGCGAACAGGGACCUAUCUGCCCGUGCCGAACACAUUCGCCUGGUCGAACCUCACGAAUAUGGUGUACAUUGAGCAGCCGGUCGGUACCGGCUACUCCCAAGGCAAACCUAACGCUAACAGCUAUGUAGAUGUUGCUGCACAAUUCUUGCCUUUCUGGAAGCGGUUCGUUGAUCUCUUCGAUCUCCACAAUUGCAAAACGUACAUUACAGGCGAAUCGUAUGCUGGAAUGUACUGCCCUUAUAUCGCCGCGGCUAUGCUGGACCAGAACGACACUGCCUACUUCGACAUAUCCGGCCUGAUGAUCUACGAUCCGAGCUUUCAAUACGAUGUCGCCUCUCAGGUUUCAACCGUACCUUUCGUUGAUGCACAUCCGUCCCACUUCCCCUUCAACGAUACCUACAACAAGUUCCUACACAAUCUCUCAGACGCUUGUGGUUAUACAGAGUAUAUCGAGAACGCCCUCACGUUCCCGCCUGCCGGGCCAUUCAUCGAUACUCCCGGCCUGAGCCACUCCGAGAAGGAUCCGAGGGGCUAUGCCACUGAAGACUGUGAUGUGUAUGCUGCUUUGUACUAUGGGAUCAUCGACAUAGAUUCUUGCUUCAACAUCUACCAAGUCGGUGCACUCUGUCCAUUGCUCUGGGACGUUCUGAGGUUCCCUUAUACCGAUUUCUACAUGUAUGCGCACUUUUGUUCUCUUGUGACGCUAGCUAAUACUUCAGCCAGGCCGAUGGGUUUCAGAGAGCCCUAUUUCAACCGCACAGAUGUCAAACAAGCCCUGCACGCUCCGGAACAUGCCAACUGGACAGCCUGUACCGACAUAGACGUCUUCGUCGGAGACAUUGGAGAUCUGUCCCCACCAUCGGACAUCAACGGCGGGCCUCUGCAGAAAGUGAUCGAGAGCACCAACAACGUGAUCGUAGCACAUGGUGCUCUGGAUGCGAUUCUGAUCGCGAAUGGCACGCUUUUGACAUUGAACAACUUGACCUGGAACGGGGUACAGGGGUUCAGUCAGCCGACGACGGAGCCUUUCUUUGUGCCAUAUCAUGAUAACCCAAUUGCAGGCUCACAAGCUGGAGCUGGCGUUUUUGGAGGGUUCGUGACUGAGAGAGGCCUGACUUUCGUGGCGGUGGUUCUGGCUGGGCAUGAACUUCCGGAGUACACGGCUUCGGCGGGAUAUAAGCAGGUCGAAUACCUCCUGGGUAGGAUCGGUAGUUUGGAUGAGGUGUCGCCGUUCACGACGCAGCCUGAAAUUCAGCAGCCGGAUGAGCCUCUCGGGAGGGGGACGUGGUGGUCGCAUCAUGAUUAG